AGUCUGACUUGGAGACUCGCAUAAGGCGCUGCAACACGUGGGGGUUGUAUUUUGAACGUGAUGACGGAAGUGACAUUGAACCGCUGAUUCUGGGAGACGCACAGGACCAGCAUCAGAUCAGAGGCGCGACGACCGCGGAGAGCUGAUACACACACGGAGCUCGCUCGCCGUUUUUAUUCCACUUCAUCCAGUUUACCGACCAGGAAAACAUCCUUCAACCAAAAACCAGGACUGCUUUUUUUAAAAAAAUUUUUUUAUUUGUUCAUGCGUUUUGUGUUUUGGCUCACAAAUAUGCUGCCGUGUUCACACUUCGGAGGGAGAAGAGGCCAGCCUUAGAAUAAACUUCACACAAGUUUAACUCAACUCCGCAGAGGAGGUAAGAAACUCUCGGUGAGGACCUUCAGAUCAUUCCUCUGCUGCUUUCCUGUGUUUGCUAAACCUUUCUGACACUUCAGCCUGUCGUCAUGGAAGCCAGAGGAAAGUAUGAUUUUACUGCAACAGCAGACGACGAGCUCAGCUUCAGAAAAGGCGAUAUACUGAAGAUUUUAAGCCCACAGGAUGAGUGGUACAAGGCAGAGAUGAACGGACUGGAAGGAUUCGUACCACAAAACUACAUUGACAUGCAGACGCCGAGAUGGUUCCAGGAGAACGCCAGUCGCAACGCCGCAGAGGAGCUCUUGAGGUACAAAAACGUGGGAGACUUUGUUAUCAGAGGCUCCCAGAGCUCCCCCGGAGACUUCUCCAUCUCUGUCAAACAUGAGAGUGACGUUCAGCACUUCAAAGUGAUGAGGGACAACAAAGGCCAGUACUUCCUGUGGUCUGAGAAGUUCACCUCUCUAAACAAGCUGGUAGAGUUCUACAAGAGCACCUCCAUCUCUAAGACCAGGGAGAUCUACCUCAACGAUGGCAGCUUGGACAAUAAAAGCCCCUCCAUGGCUCAGUCGGUGAAGAGGGGAAGUUUGCCUGAACAGCGUACUGCAGCUGCAGCCAUCGCCGUGACACCACGCAGAGCUUCAGAUCAGCCUAACAACCAGCUGGCUAAGAGAGUUGGCCUGGAGGAGCGAGCUCACACCAUCGGUCACACAGGAAGAAACAGCCCCAUCAGCUCCGCUUAUCCUCCCCGUCGCACAUCUGAAACCAUGCCUCUGCCUCAGAGGGCAUCCACGAUGCAGGUGAAAGCGUUGUACGACUUCAUAGCCGAGGAAGACGACGAACUCGGUUUCUCCGCCGGUGACAUCAUCGAAGUGCUGGAUCGCUCGGAUCCGUCGUGGUGGAAAGGAAGGCUGCGGGGUAGAAGCGGGUUGUUUCCUGCCAACUAUACAAUACAGCUGUGAGAAAACACCCCAGGCGAUGCACUUACUAUGCCGACACUUAUUCACAGACUUGCUCUGCAGGUGCAACGGCACUGAAAAUGUGUUUUCGAAUAUGAACACCGAGCAGUCGGUGACACAUCAAAUCUCUGAACCACAAAUCGGAACUUCAUCAAGACGCCAAAGGACUAUGAGUCACUUAGCAUUGUCGGAUAAUACUCUCAUAUACAGUUCAGCCACAUUUCUUGUUCGGGGUUUAUUGAUCAGUUUUUGUCUCAAUUAUUUACAAAGGAGCAGAGACACACCCACAAGAACUUCCUAAAAGUUGGUACAUGUUUAACUGGCACACAGGAGCUGUGUAACUGCUGCAGAUGGUGCUGAGGAGUAUUUUAUAUAUUUUUUUUAUUAUCACAUAUCUGUCAGCAGGUAUUUAUUUGCUGCAUAAAUGCUCGUUGGUCAGUCUGCUGAUGAAUCGACUGUAACCCGACUGUUUCUGCUCAUGUUGUAAGUGUAGUCUCAUUUUAUACCACAAGUGUUGUAUAAAGAAAAUAAGUGGAUUUCUCAACAAGUCUGCAUGCUUAACAUAGAUGUGUAACUUCCUCGCAGCUCACUGACUUGGAAAUAAAAUUAUUUUUUAUCACCGA